GCCAGCUACUCGCAUGCCAACCUGGGGAAUCAUGCUGGAAAUUAUCUAACAGGACUGUAAUCAUAAAGACCGGCCAGUAUUAUCAAUAUCCAAGUGAUUGGUCAGUUGGUUUAGUGGAGUCAACUUUACGGAAUCCCCACCCCACAAAGCACUGUAGUUAUUGGCAGUGGCGGCAGCUGAAGGACUUAUUCUAGCACAAUCGUUCUGCGGUGGCUUCACUAAAAAGGUAGUGCAAGAACACAAUGGACCAUGAAGACGACAAAAACUCAGUGGAUAUCCAUGACAACCCCCCGGCUCCUGACAACGUUGUGAGGGAGGACGGAGACACAGUAUACUUUAUAUAUGAAGAAGAAGUAGAGGUGGAAGAGAAGGAACCUGAACCUCCACCACCUGUCAUUCGUGUCAAUGACAAGCCCCACAAGUUCAAGGACCACUACUGCAAGAAGCCCAAGUUCUGUGACGUCUGUGCUCGGAUGAUAGUCUUGAACAACAAGUUUGCCCUGAGGUGUAAAAACUGCAAAACCAACAUACACCAUUCAUGUCAGUCCUAUGUUGAGUUCCAGAAGUGCUUUGGCAAAAUACCACCUGGCUUCAGACGGGCCUACAGUUCCCCUCUGUAUAGCAGUGACCAACCAGAUCCAAACAAUCCAAAUCGGAAUGACCCUGUCUUUGACACUCUACGGGUGGGCGUCAUCAUGGCGAAUAAAGAGCGCAAAAAGAAUGAAAAUGACAAGAAAAAUAUGCUGGUGAUGAUGGAAGAAGAGGAAGAUGAGAAUCAGCAGCCCAAAGAAAAUGAGGAUGGAGGAGAAGGAAAGCCUGAGGAAAAGAAGGAGAAAGGAGGAGAAAAAACAGAUGAUAAGCAAAAAGGAACCUUCUCCCAGUCGCACUAUUACUUGGCUCUCUACCGCUUCAAGGCCAUAGAGAAGGAUGAUCUGGACUUUCAUCCUGGUGAUCGCAUUACAGUCCUCGAUGACUCCAAUGAAGAGUGGUGGAGGGGAAAGAUGGGAGAGAAGAGUGGCUAUUUCCCCACCAACUAUCUCAUAAAGGUGCGGGCAUCAGAGAGGGUUUAUAAGGUGACACGGUCUUUUGUCGGGAACAGAGAGAUGGGACAAAUCACACUGAAGAAAGACCAAAUUGUGGUGAAGAAAGGAGAUGAGAAAGGUGGCUACUUGAAGGUCAGCACUGGACGCAAGCUUGGCUAUUUCCCCUUUAAUCUACUGCAGGAGAUCACUGUGAUAUAAGAACACAAUAUAUAUCCAAACACCUCUUUGUUAAAAUGUCAUUCAAAGCAAAAGAGAUCACAGGUGUUAUUUAUACAACUAAAAUUUAAAAAAACAACAAAUCCACCCAUUUUUGACACUCCUACCUAAACUACAUACAGACACCGCAAUCUUUAAUCUGACUCACUCAACACACACUUCCUGCAAAAGACUGAAACAGUUUUAAUGUGCCACAUGGGAGUUUGGUACAUUCCCUUUCCCAAUUCCUAUACUAUUUAUUGAAUAUCUUGAUCAAUUCUUUUAAUCACCCCCUCCUAUUUGUUUUUUUAAACUGAAUUAUAAUAUAUUUAUCAAUUUAUCUUAUUGAAUCAUGGAUUUUGGUAAUAAUGUGUCUAAUGAAAUGUUACAAUUUAAAUAAAACAAUUAAUUUCUACUUUUUUUUUUUAAAAAUUGUGGUUGGAUAAUUAUAAUGACAUGUUGAAAUAAUGAAAAUAAUACUAAAAAUAGAAUGUAAUGGUGUUCUUUAAUGAAACAGUAAUAAAAAUAGAACGUAUUGGUAUUCAUUACUUAAAAAAAAAAAAAAAAAAAAAAAAAAAAAGCCUGUUUUAAAUCGUUUAAAUAUGAUACCUGUUUUAAUGUUUUAAACAAAUGUUAGAUAAGAAAAGUAGGCAAUUUUACCAUAUAAUUUGCAUGUGUUUGAAAGUGUGUCAUAAAUAAUUCAUUUAAAGAAUGAAAAAAACGCUUUCACUGUUUAAGAUUUUAUACGCAAUUUCUUUUCUGAUCUGGGAAAUGCGUCAAAAUGACUGAGAAAGCUAUUUUUUUGCUGUCAUUUGUUCUAGAUGUAAUGCAUGGGCCUUUUUAUUUUAUUUUUAUCAUUUUAUUUUAUUAAAAUUACAUAAAAUAACAUGUAUUUUAUUUAAUUUGAUUAAAUAAAUAAGUUAACAACUCAUGAAGUGUCUGCUGUAUAACUCUUGAUGAAAUAAAAUGUAAUCAGGACAAAAACAGCAACAAUCGACUAUCUUUGAACACAUACUGAUUUUCUUUAUUUUCAAAAUAUAGUACUGUAUAUCAUCACGCUCCCUUUUCUUUGAUAAAAGUAGAGCUGCGCUUUAAAACAAAGGCAAAUGAAUAGAAUGACAUACAUACUUACAUACUUAACUAAAACAGUACAUAACUUAUAAAAGGAUAGAAAUGUUAAGAUCCGUGUUGUUAAUAACGGCGUUAGAAUAUAACGGCGUUACUAACGGUGUUAUUUUUUUCAGUAGUGAGUAAUCUAAUGAAUUACUUUUCUCAUCUUGGCAACGGCGUUUCCGUUACUGAGGAAGUAAAGGCGUGCGUUACUACGUUGGUUGAAAAAAGCGAGAAAGGUCAGAGACAUGGACUCAAGGAGACGAGAGAGCAGAGCUUGAAUGGGGAGGAGGGAAGGGAGUUGUGACGCCGUUGCAAACGCGAUGCUAGGUGGCUCCAAUAAUACCUGACUAUAGCCGAUAGCCUACAAACUAAGCCCACAUGAUGCUUCGGUAGAUAUCACAUAUAUACAGAACUAGAUGCAAAUGACAGACACGGCGGCAUUAUCAACCAGUAUAAUAAAGAACUAGAUGUGUUAGUAAACAGGCGCCAUAUUAAAGCAGUAGACUUCUCAAGAAGGCUCUGUUGUAGAAAACUUUCCUAGCGAACUUAAGUAACUUUUUAUCUAAAAUAUUUGUAAAUCGGCAAAACUUAACUUAAAUCUAUCUUUAAAUGAUGAAACAGUUUUAAAACUUGUCGAAAAUAGACAGAAGGGAACUAAUGCAAUAACGGGAGCAAUUUUAACAACUUUAACGGUUGAUUCACAACAUUAAAUGACUUCCACACAUAGCAAAGGUUACUAUCUAGUUAUCGCAAUAUCCCCAAUACCCCUGUGUCUAGUUAAAUUUAGGGUAAAGAAUUGGGCUGGGGCCAAUUGUCCCAAAAGCCCUUUAAACUUCACAUUGUGUGACCUGUUUUUUUUUUUUGAGGGGGAAAAAAAAAAAAUUGUCACCAGUUACUUUGCCAAGUAACUAAUUACUCUUACAUUCAGGUAACUGAGUUACUAACGCAAUUACUUCUUGGGAGAAGUAAUUUGUAACUGUAAUUAAGUUAUUUUUUAAAGUAAGAUUAACAACACUGGUUAAGAUAUUUUAUUAACAUCUUGACACAACAUUCAUUCAUUCAUCUUCCAUCGCACUUAUCCUCACGAGGGUCACUAGAGUGCUGGAACCGAUCCCAGCUAACUAUUGGUCGUUGGUGGUGUACAUUCUGAAUGGGUUGAACUUGCCAGCAAAUCAUCUUCACACAACAGUUGCAACCAAUUUGAAACAUUUUUGGCAUACAGUGGCAUCAAGGGCGUAGGUUUGGUCUCAACAUUGGUAGGGACAAUAUAAGAGUUUAACUUGCAUGUACACUUUUUACUGGGGCCGGGGCAUUUAAUGAGAUCAAACAGAUUGGGUGAACGGGGGUCAGGGCUACAUUUCUCAUGAAUAUGAACCUAAUAAUUGGCUUAAUGAUCAAUAAAAAUAAAUCUGUGUUGAUUUGUACUAACUUUCAUGUAUAUUGGUUUAGGUGAUGCACUUCUCGAUUCAAACCUUUUCAAAAACUACUGAAGAAACAUUUUGAAAACUUCCAAAAUAAAUGAAUUUAAUUAUCAAAUUUAAAUUGUAAUAUUUGAAAAUAAAUUAUAUUAACGUACACAAUACAUGCAAACUUGUUAAUAUUCUCUUAUCUCUUAACUAUCCAGGAAUGCAAAAGAUAAACAAGACCACUCAACAUUGUUUAAAUAAUUAAAUAUAACUGAACAAAACUUCUUAUUCAGGGUAUAACAAAAAUUAAUAAAAAAUGGAGCCUUCCUUAGGGUAAAACACGACUCUUUUUGUCCACAUGCACAGCUAAACGCAUCAAAAAUUGAAAACUUUUUUACCUCGACUAUUAUUAAUGUAUGAUUAGCUGAAAAAAAAUCUGUAUAGACUUCAAAUAAUAUUUUUUAAAUGAAUAAUGUAGAAAAAAAAAUAAGUACAUUUUAAAUAAGUGCAAGUCAUCAGCCAAUCAAACGUGCGUUUGAGGGGAAAAUAUGGACCGGCACAUUCAGCAAGUGACAAGGGGUAAAUCUACAUAAUGAAAAUAAUUUACUUAAUUAUGGUAGGGUCAAUUCUAUCCUUACAACAUAUGGGAAGAAAAUCAAAAUUACCUAUAUAACUGAACUCAUUAUAUAAUGCAAAUAAGGUUGCUUAAAAGUUGGUGGGGACAAUUUUAGCAUCCUGAAAAGUAAGUAGGUAGAAAAAGGUAGUGUUAUAUCCUUACCAUCCCUAUGCAAACCUACGCCCAUGAGUGGCACGUGGGCCUCCUGGGUAUGUCCAGAGUUUUCAUGCUACCCUAC